AUGGAUCCUGAAGGGAACCAUGCCUUUGACGGCGAGGAACCUUCACAAGAAAGGGACACCUCUGCCGGCACUUUUACGUCGCAUGGUAUCCCGGGAGAGAGUCUUGCUGCGCGUGGUCCGCGUGAUACAGAGUCCGAGACAUACAAAAAUACGAAGAGCCUCCUCAGUCGGGAUGACUCUUCUCGCAGAGACAACGACGACGACACAGAUCUGGCAGUUCCGUCCAUAGGAACGGCUGUUGGGACUAGCAGGAGCCUAUCUUCAGAUGAACUUCCGAAACCCCAGACUCCCGUUCGACCCCAGCAUCCAUCAUCACUUAUCAGACACGAAGUGGAGGUCCUGGAAAGCCGCUGGUGGGGCCUGUACAACGCACUUCCCAAGAUGGCAGCAGAGUUCAACUACCACUUUACUGUUGAACAAUACUGGGCUCGCAAGAGAUUUGACGACGGGAUCCGGGGUUCUCGGCACAAGAUCCUGACCAGUCCCCACCGCUUGUUACCCACGACCACGACACAUUUGGUCCGCAUCCAAGCAUCAAAUGACCCUGCCAUAGAAAGCGAAACUCGGAUUUGUGUAGCCGGGCUGGGGCAGAAGAAAGAAAUCCUGGAUUUUCACGCCUACUGGCGGCGGAGAUACAACAAACAUUGGCUGCAGUACCCAAACAAAAAGUCUACUCUUCUCAAACUUUGCUAUUCUCCCGUUCGCGUACAAGCAGCGGCACUAGCGACGUGCGAAGCGAAGGUGAUGAGCGACAAAACGCUCUGUGGAUCGUUGAUAGUAGUGCGAAGCUCGAAGUCGUCGCAGCGGACGUCGACAAUUGGAGGUCUGAUGAAGGUGAACGGCAAGUUCUUUGCAACCACUACUAGACACCUUCCCGAAGAUAGUGAACAAGACAUGGAAGUCCACAAUUAUGGCGCCAAACUUCAGCCGGAUUCGCUGCUGAUUCCUAACGAUGAUGCUUCCGAGACGGAGUGGCAAGAACUUUGCGAAAGUUAUCGUCUUCUCAUCGUUGAGGAAGAUCAAAGUAAGGAAGAAGGGUACGGGGAAGAGCAAGACGAUGGAGAUGUCAACAGGCUUGCCCAUUCCCAUAUUGCGGACGAAGACAACCAAGACAGCGGACCCCAGGAAGCCGAGGAACUUGAUCAAAGCCAGAGCGCCGAUACAUCUCCUGGCGAGGAAGGUUACUUCUCAUUCCGGAUCGAUGAAGACGAAUUACUCGUUGGGAGAGAUUGGCAGCUGGUUCCGAUUCAUUCAGGUGGUCUUUUGCCCAACGAGAUACCAGAGCAGCGGGAUGGGCCAGCAUGGGCCCGGUCCAACCCCUUCAUUGAGCACAUCUGCAAGGAUCUGCGUAAGAUGUUCAAGCGUGAUCCGGGAUCUCCAAGGAAAACGUGGGUUAUCUCGGGAAUGGGUGGCCUCAAGAACUGCGUCAUGUGCCCAAAUCCUUCGUCAAUGAUCUCGACCGACGGGACGGUGCAGGAGAUUUGGACGAUUGGGUUCGAUCACCAAGGUCUUGAGGCAGGUGACUCUGGUUCUUGGGUAGUCGACCCUGCUCACGCCCAACUCCUUGGUAUGGUAGUGGCACGGUCACCUGGCAUCGGCUAUGUGGUCCCCUUCACAAGCGUACAGCAAGACAUUGCGAAAACGAUGGGCAACCGCCGAGCAGAAAUUCAAAUCGACGUCAACCAGAGGCACAUCAUCAUGGUCAUUCUCUCGGUAUCAAUACCGAAUGUCUGA